AUGAAUGGAAACAAUCAAACUUUCAUCUCCCAGUUUCUUCUUCUGGGCCUGCCCAUCCCCCCAGAGCACCAGCACCUGUUCUAUGCCCUGUUCCUGGCCAUGUACCUCACCACUGUCCUGGGGAACCUCCUCAUCAUCAUCCUCAUUCUACUGGACUCCCAUCUCCACACACCCAUGUACUUGUUUCUCAGCAACUUGUCCUUCUCUGACCUCUGCUUCGCCUCUGUCACAAUGCCCAAACUGCUGCAGAACAUGCAGAGCCAGGACCCAUCCAUCCCCUAUGCAGACUGUCUGACACAAAUGUACUUUUGGAUGGCCUUUGCAGACAUGGAGAGUUUCCUUCUUUUGGUUAUGGCCUAUGACCGCUAUAUGGCCAUCUGCUUCCCUCUUCAUUACACCAGCAUCAUGAGCCCCAAGCUCUGUGCUAGUCUAUUGGUGCCAUUGUGGAUGUUGACCACAUUCCAUGCCAUGAUACAUACCCUGCUCAUGGCUAGAUUGUCUUUUUGCAAGAACAAUGUAAUCCUCCAUUUUUUCUGUGACAUAUUUCUGAAGUUAGUCUGCUCAGACACUUACAUUAAUGAGUUAAUGAUAUUUAUCAUGAGCAGUCUCAUUGCUAUUAUUCCAUUCCUACUCAUUGUUAUGUCCUAUGCAAGGAUUGUCUUUUCUAUACUCAAGGUUCCAUCUAUCCAGGGCAUAUACAAGGUCUUCUCCACCUGUGGUUCUCAUCUGUCUGUGGUGUGUCUAUUUUAUGGGACAAUUAUUGGACUCUACUUCUGCCCAUCAACUAAUAACUCUAUUGUGAAAAAGACUACCAUGGCCAUGAUGUACACAGUGGUGACUCCAAUGCUGAAUCCCUUCAUCUACAGCCUCAGGAACAGAGACAUCAAGGAGGCCCUGAUAAGAGUUUUCUGCAAUAAGAAAAUCUUUUUGUAA